CUUCCGUACCGAGUGAGACAAUCGCUGGUAGCACAACCAACUGCAGCUCAGUUCCCCUGAAGAAUCAAACAGAACUACUUUAAACCAACUUCUCUUAUCUCCGUUGUUUCUACAACACAGCUAUUUUCCCGUUAAGAGAUGACAUCGUCUGCAAUGAUCACUGUCCCCACCACCGCCUCUCGGUUCGCCCUGCUCCAGAUUGACUCGGAUUCGGACUCCGACACCUCGGAGACAGGGAAGCCCAACACCAAAGCCGGUAGGGACUCUUCCUCCGGGAAGCCCAGGCAGAGGAAAGCAGGGGCGAGCACAGGAUCAGGGGGGAAAGGAGCCCAGGGCAGCGACAAGAAGAAAGACAAGAAGAAGAAGAAGAAGGAGCAGCAGCAGAGUGAGGCAAAUGAGCUGCGCAAUCUGGCCUUUAAGAAGAUUCCUCAGAAGUCCUCUGCCCCUCCGCCUUCCAUGACGCUGUCAGGAAUAGCAAGUGAGCUCCUUAACCCGGCUUUAGGGGACCACAGUAUACCUUCAGAGGGGUGGCAACAGUGGAAACAGAGAGACGAACAGAUCACCACAGAGCUGUAUGAGGCAGAUUUGGAAAAGGCCUUGAUUCUAAGUAAACUGGAAUAUGAACAACAGAAACAGAGCAACACAAACUCUGCUUCGCCAAAGUCCAGAGGAGGAAAAGAGGGCGGUGGGAAGAAGGACAAGAAGAAAAACCAGCAGGCAAAAGAUAAAAAGACAGUUUCUCUGCAGGACUUCCAGGCUGAAGGCACCACAGAGCAUUUAAGUAGAAAACAAGAGGAAACCAGAGGGACAAAUUUGGCUCCAGGAGUCGGACAGGAGGAACGCUUUUUCAACAAAGUGGAAGAUGAUGUGAGUCGGAUUAUCCAGAGGGAGAAGCGACUUGAACAGUAUGUGAACAGCCCGGGACAAGAAGUCAACACAUCCACAGAGCAUGAACCUGAUCCUCGGGCAGAACAAUUGAAAUAUGAGCUGGAGAAGAAGGACCAGGAGAUUAAGAAGCUAAAAAAGACCAUCUCGGAGUGGGAGGUGAAAUACAAAGAGGUGAAAGCAAGAAAUGCCCAGCUCCUUAAGAUGCUCCAACAGGGGGAGAUGAAAGACAAAGCAGAAAUUCUUCUGCAGGUAGAAGAACUGCUUCACAUCAAAGAAGAACUGUCAUCACAGGUAACAUUAUUACAUGCUGCUCUUGAACAAGAACGAUCGAAAGUGAAAGGGCUCCAGUCAGAGCAACCAAAACAUCAAGGCAACAGGAAAGGAAAGAAAGGCUCAGAGGUGGACCAAUGAAGAUUCCUGAGGGAAGAACAACUGUCUGGAGGGGGAAAAGAAUGAACAAAAAUAUUUGACUAGUUAUAAAACACCACUAAUCAUUAAGUUCUCUUUAUUUCAUGUUUUUAUUUUCCUCUAAUUUGGGUUCUAAUUAUUUUUAGUUAGACAGUAUGUAAACAUGCAUGUCCUAUUAAAUACAUAGAAUAUCAUCCAGACAUGGCAUGCUCUAUUGAACAACCAAGCUAUUGGUUGUAUUUAUUUACAGCUUUUUAAAUGAAAGGAGUUUAAAGUCUGUUCAGAAACUGCUCCACAGAGCAGCAGUAUCUCCAACACUCCUAAAGCUGUGUGCCUCUUUCUCUCUCCAAGGGUUCUAAUGCCAAAUUGACAGAUUGAAAUGUAUGGUUGUUUCUUUUCCUUGCACACUGUGAA